AAGUAGGUUUAUUCUGACCUGGGCAGAUAUAUAAGUUCUGCGGGAAGCUCUGGACUGGACCAGCGACAAUUCGCCCUUCUUUCAACUUUUGCACUCCUCAUCAGAAACUAUAUUUCGGAAGUCAUGGAUGCUCGCCCAAAGACGAUAUACCUCCCAGACACUAUGGUUACCUGGCCCUGGCCUCGUACCAUCAAUCCUCAUUACAAAGAUGUGAAAGCUGAAGUCGAUGCUUCAUUCCGUGAUUUCAAGGCACUGAGUCCUAAAUCACAAGAAGCAUUCGACAAAUGUGAUUUUGCCCGCCUAACGGCACUGGCUUAUCCCAACUUACCAAGAGAACACCUUCGAAGCGGUUGUGACCUGAUGAAUUUAUCCUUCAUUGUGGAGGAGUACACCGACAUGGAGAAUGAAGCAGUCACGAAGGAAAGGGCGGACAUCUUGCUCGAUGCCCUACACAAUCCCCAUAAGAUACGACCAGAAGGCGAAUGCAUUAUCGGCGAAAUUGCGCGACAAUCUUGGGCUCGCGUGAUCCAAUUCGCAAGCCUGCCUUCUCAACGUCACUUCCUUGACACCUUCGAUGAAUACAUUAAUUCAGUAGUUGUCGAGGCCCGCGACCGUGAGCAAGGCCAUAUGCGCAGUCUCGAUGACUACCUGAAGCUCCGGCGCAAAACUAUUGGCGUAAAACCUUGUUUCCCAAUAUUGGAGGCAGGAAUCGACCUUCCCGAUGAAGUGUUCUACCAUCCCGUUAUUAUGGAUCUUGCUGAGUGCAUCACAGACUUAGUUCUGAUCGAUAAUGACAUGAUAUCCUACAACAAAGAGCAAGCAGUUGGGCACGAAGGCCACAACAUUAUCAGUAUCAUCAUGUUUGACCUCGGCCUUGACGUGAGCGGUGCAAUGGCCUGGGCAGCGCACUAUCACACCGAAGUUCAGAAACGAUUCAUCGACGGUCUUGCAAAAGUUCCUUCAUGGGGACCUUCCGUUGACGUCCUAGUCAAAGAGUAUCUUGACGGGACAGCAAUGUUCGUUCGAGGAAACCAUUCUUGGAGUUACCAAACUCGCAGAUACCUUGCCACCAUGGGCCCGGAAAUACAGAAAACUAGGCUUGUUCCGUUGUUACCAAGGCCCGAUCACAAAGUCAUGUGAAUCUAUCAGAUUGGUUCAGAUACAAAGCUCUUUCCACAGAAUCUGACGCUAGCUUUU